CCAAUAUCGACAUCACCACUUUCACUCCGACUCGCCUCCCCACGAUCAUACAUCAACAUACAACGGCUCGUUUGCCCACCGAUAAUAACGUCCACGAUUUAAUAUACAGCAUCGGGUUUAGUCUCACGAGUCCGCGUGCGCGUGUGCCUUGUAAUUUCUUCCAGCUUCAUAGCCACAAACUUCUUCACGACCCGAAUACAACCGUCAAAGUGGCGAUCUUCACUCAGUCGCGGGCGACGGCCCAAAUAGCCAAAAGGUCGACCCGAUGUCUACAACAUAGUCCCAGGACAAGCCAUACACGGCUCUUCGCUUCGGCAGCAACCACAACGCACCUUAAGAAAGACGCUAUUCCUCCAGAACUAAGCGGACCAUCUCCCUCACGACCAUGGCAAAGCUCGGAAAACAAGGCGUCAGUUACACCUAUGUCAAAUAAUUCUUCACAUUUCCACAUCCCCUCAGUCGUCCUCCCAGCUGAGGCCGCAAAAUCUGGACCUGUACACAAAAUCCAUAUAUUAGGCGAAGAUGUGAGAUCGAGAUUCAUUGCACACGCCUUGUGCAGUGUCUAUGACUCAGUCGAGAUGCUCCGAUUCCGAGACAUGCCCAAAUCGAGAUAUCGAAAUGUCGAACAGGUACAGCCAGAACGAACAAGGAAAUCCGCGUAUGCAGAGAGAAACGCCGCCAUAGCCAAAGAGAAUGAAGAUGAGGGACAAGAGGCUGCACCGGUGCCUGAUCGCUCACACAUCGAUGAGUUGGUUGUUACUGGUCGUGGCUUUGAAGCUGUCAAGGCGAUUGCUUCUGUCAAGGACAGGAUUGAUGACAAGACAUCGGUAUGCCUUUUGAACGACGGCAUUGGGGUCCUCGAGCAAGUUCGCAAAAUGAUAUUCGACGGAACGCAACCUGAACCAAACUUUUUCUUGGGACAUAUGAGCCACGCAUUGGUCUUUAAUCGGAAUCGGGACUCCGUUAAGCAAUUGAAGGCCGGGCGAACAAUUCUGACCAGCGCCGACGCGGCUCUAAACACACCAAAGGACUUGCAUGCAUCCCUCGACUGUAACGUGCCUACUUUUAUGCAAUCACUAAGACAUGCCGAAUUGCUUCAGUCAAGUUACAGUACCUACGACCAAUGGCUGCGGUUCAAACUACCUUCCCUCAUGUUUACCGCUGCUGUUGAGCCCGUAUGCGUGCUUCUCGAUUUGCCAUACCGCGGUUUGACGACCAACCGAUCAGCGCAAAAGAUGAUGAAUCAGCUGUUGGGAGAGAUGGCUCUAGUAACAGAAAGUCUGCCAGAAGUCCAGAAUUCACCAGAUCUUAUAAGGUUCCUUCGUGGCGAAGGUCUCAAAAAGUUCUGCUAUCGUCGUAUCACAGGCAAGGCCAAUGCCCCAAGUGAGCUACUCAUGCGCAUCAACAAGGGUCUGCAGACCGAUAUAAACUACCAAAACGGGUUCUUUCUGAACCGAGCCGUGGAUCUUGGCAUUCACACACCUACGAAUAAGUUGAUGGUGCACAUGAUCAAGGCAAGGCGACAAGAAGCAAUGGAGAAGAGGAAAUCAUAUAUACCAAUAGAGGAAACAUCGGCGGAGCAAAUUAGAGAGAGAAUUCGGCGUCGGGGAAUACCAAGGGGCCAUCUCAUAUAG